UCUCUCUCUCUCUCUCCCUUUUUGAUUCUGUUAUAAAUUUUAUAAUUUUAUUUUUUUUUGGGUUUUAAUUUGGAAUUUCCAUUUGACUUGCUGUUUGAUUUCGUUUCUGAAACUGUUGGUUUGGGUUGGUGUACUUAAUGCAAUGGUUUUGGUGGAAGGUUUUUAAUUUCGGAAAGAAUGCUCGUAAAGUUUGUGUCUUUUUUUUCUUUUUUUUUUUUUCUGUUGGAUGUUAAAUGUUUCAUGAGUUUUCCGUAAGCAGAGUUUUAAGGACUAUGUAUGAUUUAUCUGAUCAGUUCUCCGAACAUCGUACCGCUUCCGCUUGCUGUUCGUGAAUUACUCCGUCGUUAUCGUACGUAUGUUUAUCAAUGUUUUUUUACACGUAGUUUUGUCCUUCGGCUUGCAUUGCGGAUAUGCUGGGAUAGCAGUUUCAGAUGUGUGGAUUACUCAAUUUAUAUGAUUUACGGAAGAUUAUGGAUCGUCUCUGCAUUUGAGAUUGCUCGGCGUUUCAUGAAUUUGAUAUUCUGCUUCAAUUGUUGCCCUUAAGUUUAUAUUAGAGAUUGCUCUUUGUUUCUUGACUCUGAAUUUUACCCGUGCACCUUAAUUGAAUUAAAAUUCUACUAUUUUCGAAAUCCAGAUUAAUGGGAUUGGAUUCUUUAUCUUUUAGUUUUACCAGCAGAUUAGUUUCUUCAACCGGAAUGUAGGACCUGUAAUCUAAACGAGUUUUGGGAAUCAGUUCUUUGUGGUAGUUAAAAAUCUGUCAAAAUUUGAAGCUGGUGUUGUCUUUUGAUUUAUGAGAUGUCAAGUCAAACAUGUUCUUAUUUUGUUGUUCUAUGUUUGUAUUAACGCAGGUUUCUUGAGUUUGUAUGGCCUAUUGGGAAUCACUGGCUACAGGUGAUAAAAUGAGAUUUGAAAAGGGGAGUAAAGUUGAAGUGUUUUUUGAGAAUGAGAGGCCCUCGGGAUCCUGGCGCUUUGCGGAGGUUGUAUCUCGCGACGAUAGAUGCCUAUACACUGUCAGAUGUGCCAUAGGUUCUCAAGAUGAAGUGGUUAUUCAAAAUGUUUCUGCUAGGCUUAUACGUCCAUAUCCUCCUCUUCUGACAAUGCCUGCCUGUUGGAUGCCUGGUGACGUUGUGGAGGUGUUGCAUGAUUACUCUUGGAAGUUGGCUACAGUCUCAAAGGUUUUUUGGGACAAUGAGUUGUUGGUGAGACUAGUUGGAGCCUUGAAUGAGUUCAAGGUUUGCAGCUAUGAUGUUCGGCAGAGGCAGUCUUGGACUAAUGGAAAGUGGGUCGCAGUCGGACAGGUCUCCGGGAAUCAUGAUAACAAGAAAUGCAAUGAUGAACUUCCUUCUGCUGUGUAUUACCAGAAAUCUGGCCCCAUUAAGCGGUUAAAAGUGAAGUUGGAUUCCCGUGGAAAGAAGUACUGUGUUGAUAAUAAAAACAAUAUUGACUUCCAGGAAUCAUAUCUAGUUUCCGGGAAAUCUAAGAAGAGAGGAUUGCAAUUGCAAAAUCCUAACCCACAAGGUAAGGCACGGAAAUUUAGAGCAAUCGAGAAAGAUGGUAGAUGUCAUCGAGGGUUGGCUGGAAAUCCUUCUGUGGUGCCAGAGAAUAUAGGAUAUCAUGCUUGCCUUAAGACAGUCGCUGGAGAAAAAGAAUUACAUGCUUCUUUAAAUUGGACAGCUCAAUUUUCUGAAAUUGAUGAGGAGGGGAUAAGAAUGAAUGGUGCAUUUGGGUAUUCACAACCAAGAAGUUCAGACUUUGAUGAUGCUGGUGAUGUAACAAGCUCUGUGGGUAGCUGUAGCGAAAGUGACAAUCCACACGAGUGGUCUUCAAGGAUAUUUUCUGCUCAUGUUAAUAAUGCUGAAGCUCAUAGCAGUGAUGCGGAAUCUUUUAUUCAAUUGCAUUACAAGGAAGAGAACUCUUUACAUUCCAAUCAAGAGGUGUUGGCCACAGAAAUCCAUAGGUUAGAGUUGCAUGCAUAUCGCUGCACUCUGGAGGCUUUACAUGCAUCAGGACCUUUGAGUUGGGAACAAGAAACGAUGAUGACAAACCUUCGUAUUUCCCUUCAUAUAUCAAAUGAUGAGCAUUUGACAGAGGGAUGCAUUUGGAGGCUCGCACAUCCUUUUUCCUAAAGGCGGUGUUGGGAUUGCCUCUUCUCUUUUUGAUGGAGACAGUGGGCAACAUCUGGCUGAAUGUGUAAUUAGUAUCAGCUUAUCUUCACUAGCUGGUAUGACUGCUUUUUACUUUUACAUGCAUUGUUCAAUUUUGGCUGGCAACCGGAAAUAGGAGCAAUUUCUGGAAGGAUAUCUAAAUUAGGGAGGCUUUGCCUUGUUAUGUAAAGGUUGUCCUCCUCCUUUGAAAAUCCCUGUUCAGUCAUGAAAGUUAUGCUUCAUUUGCUUCUAGUUUGGUGAUUUGCAGUGUCUGCUAGUUCGGUUCUUUGAUUCUGUUACUUGAUCUGUCAAACGAAUUCGACGCCAUCAACAUUGUUGAAGGUUUGAGAAAAUGAAGAUGGAAAACAAACUCCGUUUCCCUUUUGUUGACAUGAUUCAAAGGAAAUUGUUUUCUGUAUAUUGACACAACAUACAUUGCCAUCAUGCUUUAUUAAUCAUUUUUAUAUAGCACUUUUAAAGCAAUGUUGUUUCAGGAGCAAGCAGGUAAAGAGUUGGAGAUGGAAUUUGUUGAUCGAAAAUUCACUUCAUCGCUCCUCAGAAACUUUUGCAGGAGAAAAUGGAUCAUCCGUCAUUUGGGCCAUAAACUUAGGCCAUUUGAGUUUGGAUUUGAAAAGAAGUCUUCUUUCUUUCGGCCCUUUUUAUUGCCUAUCACAUCUUGAGUCCGGAGCCCAUAAUUGUUUAGAUCUUAUGGAUUCUUUAAAAGUUUUGGUUUCAUCAGUCAUUAUAAUACUCUUCCCUUUCAAAAUUAUUAUUUAGUUUAAAUUUUCAUUUUUAGUUGGAAUAAAAAUUGUAGAAUAUAGUGAGCAUUCUUCUUUUCAAAAUGUAAUUGCAUAUAUGUAAAAAAUGUGCAUAUCUUCUUUAAGUAACAAACGAAAAUGUAUAGAUCUUGGUAGCUCUGUAAGUUUAAUUUAGAUAAUCGAAAUAACUGUGAUGGAUGAAGUGC